AUGACAACUACGCCCUCUUUCACCGUUGACCAUCCCCAGCUCGGCCGUCUUACCGGCCGCCUGAUUGACCAGAAGCAUGCGGAUGGCCAAUCUGUAAUGGUGCCUAUCGUGCAUUUUCGUUCCAUCCCCUAUGCUACUAUCCCGUGUCGUUUCAAACAGAGCGUACUCCUCGACCAUAUCCCAGAUCAUUUUGAUCAUCGGCCUCGAGGUGAUUACACCCAGUAUGGGGCUGCGUCUCCACAGGUGCCACAGCCCAAGGGCCGAGGUAGCGCGACAGGAGGCCUGGUGCCUGGUGAAGAGGAAGUCCUCUACGAUGAGCUGUCUUGUCUCAAUCUAACAAUCUCGGUGCCGGUAAAACAUGUCGACCAUGAAACUAUCCUAUCGCAACCCAAAAGACUCCUCCCGGUACUGGUGUAUGUACACGGUGGUGGAUUUAUCGAGGGCAAGGGGCAUGUGAGCGCCCUGCAUGAUACAACAAAGAUGGCCGAGUUGGCAGCUCAGGAGGGCAUGGAUGUGGUGAUUGUAUCUAUAGGAUACCGGCUCAACUGGCAGGGGGCCAUCGCCUCGUACGAUCUCCUCGAAGAGGCCAAGGAAAAUGGGGAGCCUCCGUUCAAUUACGGACUGCGCGACCAGCGGAACGCGUUCUUCUGGAUUCGGAAAUACAUUCAGGGCUUUGGAGGUGAUCCAGAUAAUAUCACGGCGUUUGGAGAGUCGGCGGGAGCAAUUUCGCUCUUCGCGCACGCCUGUUCAGAUGCGCCUCUCUUCCACCGUGUGAUUAUUCAGAGUGGCACUCCCAAUGCCAUCAAUAGCUGGUCAUUCGACGAGUUCGAACUAUUCUAUCAUGAGCUUCUGUCAUAUCUGGGUAUUGCGAAAGCGACACGCGCCGAACGACUCGAGGCCUUGCGUGAAACCCCUAUGUCGCGGCUCAUUGACUUCAUUCGUGAAAAGAAUAUAACAACCAUGAAGCCCUUCCUAGGUCCAGAGAGUGAAUUCUUCCCGCAUCGGCCCCACUGGGCCAUCCAAGGUGAUGUUCUGGCCAAUUGCUCGUGGAUCCACGAAAUCAUGAUAGGGGACGACUCGGGCGAGGGCGCUACGUUCGCCUCGCUGCUGAAGGACAUAUCUGCAAACCCUUUUAUUGGCCAAGUUCGCGCCCUUCUUGGCGACGAGUCCGCUGCGCGUGUCCUCGACGCAUAUGAGAUAAGUGAGGAUAUGGAUGAGGGCCUGUUCUGGCAGCAUGCGAUAGUGUUUAUCGGAGACCUGAUCUUCUCCGAACCCACGCAUUCAGUCGCCGCUUCGGUGGCUCGAGCUGGCCGACAACGCCUGUAUCGCUGGCAAUUCUGUCUGCAAAAUCCGUUUCCGGGGUGGGAGUGCUCCUACACGACGGGACAUCAUUUUGUUGAGCUCAUGUACCAAUUCAUGACGCUGACUGCUCGUUUACCCCCGCAUCGGGACCAUUUUCUGCGUCGCCAGGCAGAGCAGAUGGCACGUAGUUGGAUUCGAUUUGCGAAUGGACUACCUCCAAUGCCCGAUGCAAAGCCAUACGAUCUCGAAGAGGGAAGUAUUAUGAUCUGCGAUAUGUUGCAAGGAUGGACAGUCCGAACAAGAGCCCAAGAUGAAGUGGUAAGCCAGAGUGAUCCGUGGGGUCCUCGGCGGUAUAGCCAAUGGGAGGUUAUGAAUGAGGAGUUGAAAAGAGCAGGGCGAACUAAGAACGCCUCUGGAUCAGACAAUGAAAAUAUGGAUACGGUGAGGAAUCAGUUACUGUUGAUGGUCUUGAAUGCACCGGAGAUUCGUAGAGAUCAGCUGUAG